CGCGAAUCAUUUUUUUCCUAAUGCCUCUUCCCCAAAAGCCAACAGAGCAGUCGCCGCUACUCCCGCAACCGACAGCGGCACACACGCCGCUUCCGCGGAACCUGCCGCUCAUCAUUGUGUCUCUAUGGACCGGCUCAUUUCUUUCGGCAGCCGACUCCACCAUCGUGUCGACCACGGCCAACACCAUAGCCUCACUGCUUCACGACUCCAAUAGACUCGCCUGGAUCGGCACAAGUUACCUGCUGACGAAUGCGAUUUUCCAGCCGCUGAUGGGCAAAAUCAGCGAGGUGUUUGGCCGUAAAACAAGUCUUUUGUUUGCUCAGUUCUGGUUUGGAUUAGGCUGUCUGCUGUGCGCCUGCUCGCGGUCGGUGACCCAAUUUGCUGCUGCGCGGGCGUUGGCAGGAAUUGGCGGCGGUGGCAUAUCCGCUUUGAGCUCCAUUGUUGUCACCGACGUCGUUCCACUCAGAAUGCGCGGCAUGUACCAGGGAUAUGCAAAUCUCGUGUACGGCCUAGGACAAUUCAUUGGCCCUAUAAUUGGCGGUGUAUGUUUGGGCGUAGACCCAAGAAACGGCUGGAGAUGGAUGUUCGGCUGUCAGGUGCCAUUUGUGGCUCUUGCUGCGUACCUGGUCUCCACCAAUGUGCACGAAUACAUGGAAGACGCUGAGGAACGCAUGCAGAAACGCUUUACCAAGGAAAACUUCGCCAAAAUCGACCUUGCCGGCUCGCUGACCCUGGCGUUGCUCAUUGCGAGCGUGCUUCUCCUGUUCUCGUCGACCAGUCGCGCGGAAGGACUCACGUAUGUGGCCGGCGCCGUUGUUUCCGGCGUGCUAUUCUAUCUGGUGGAAUCGAGACUUGCUACAGAACAUAUCAUCCCUCCCUUCGCUUUCCAGGGAAUCCUGCGCUUAGGAGCGCUCACGGCGAUGUUUGGAACCAUGACGCUGUACGGAAUCAACUUUAUCCUGCCUAUCUAUCUGCAGACCGUCCACGGUCUCGACUCCCUGCAGUUGGGGCUGUUUAACGGGUUCGGCGUGUUUUUCGUCUCGUUUGGCUCGCUGUAUUCUGGCUGGUUGCUGAAACACGACGCCAAUGCAAAGGAUGACUAUGUUGUUGCCAAAUCUGUCCGCACCUCGAUCCUGGGGUUCCUGGCUGUGUUUUCGGGCUCGCUCCUGUCGCUCGGUGUCUGUCUGACUGCCAAGCCGGCAUUUUUACCAGAAGACCGUAACUACUGGCAGAUCGCCUUGCUUGCCGCGGGCUUCUCUUUAGCCGGUUUCGGAUACGGCAUGUUCUUGGUGAGUCUGCUGAUCAUGGUGGUCGGCAAAGUUGGUCUCAAACACCAGGCCUCGGUCACCGGAAUGAACUAUCUAUUCCGGUCGAUCGGCUCCGUUUCUGGAACAGGAAUCACUCUCAACAUAUACAGCACGGUCCUCAGCAAAGAACUAUGGCACUACUUCAUCGAGAAGAAAAGACCGGACGGCGACAAAAUAUACAAAACUCUCAUGGAGAACUUCUUUUAUGUGCGCAACGGCCUCGACCCCAAAUAUACCACCAAAGUGCUAAAAAUAUACCGCGAGGCUGUGGGAGACUCGCUGAUGAUGGUGUUUGUUUUUGCCACCAUGGCCCUCACAGCGAGCCUUUCGCUCAAACUGUAUAGGACUUAAGCUUAAUCGUAUAGUUUUUUUUCGACACUGCUUUUUCGCUGUGUGUUGUCUAGGUAGGACAGUACUUCUUUGCCCAAUCGGUUGCCAAACAUGGCAAUUGCCGCCACCAUCACUCGGCACACCAGCCCUUCUGCAAGACCACCGGUGCCCGUCCCCAUCCCCGUGAGCACAAACACAUCCACAGACGGCUCUUGCCUGACUCGCACUAGACUCUGCCAGGUCCAGUCAAAAACGGACUGGAUUGUCUGUUCGUCCGAAAAUACAAGCGAUUCCGGAGUUCUCAUUGUCGGGACGUGCAGUAUCGCACUGGCCCUGUACUUGCGCCAGGCUGUCGAAUCCGGCGUGUUGAUUCGGAUCAGUUGCGCAGUUCCUGGAGCCGAGUAUCCUUGACUGUUUUCGACAAUCCAGUUUUUCACGUACCGGUCAAUCGUUCUCCAGUCUCCGGUAUCAGAGAACAGGCACGCCAACGCUCUGUCGUAGCCACCGGCCAUUCCGCCAAAGGAGUUGCCCGGCGAGAAAAAGACAGUUUCCUUGUUUGUGUCAAGCUUAAGCUCUUGUAUAUCCCCGUUGAAAACAGAAACCUCCAAUUUCUCGUCACCCCACCGCAUC